CUACAAACUUUUACGACAACUGCUCUCCAUCCCGGAACAAACUUCUCACAGAAAAUCUGCGGCUCUACCUUCUUCUUCCUUCUUGGCUGGCGAUUGGGAUUUCAGAAUUUCUGUCUUCUUCGCUGAGAUCCAGGGACGCCAAGACAGAGAUGCUGCAGUGCUUCUUCUGUUCUUCCAUUCUUCUUUGUUGAGUAAUAGCGUAAGUAAUUCAGGAUGAGACAAUAAGGGAAGCAAUUAAGCAAACAAUACUGCAAGCCGGGAGAAAGUGAAAAUAAGAUUACAGAUUUCUUCUGCGCAAGGUCUAGAACAAAAAUAUCAAACACUAAGGGAGAAAAGAAAGGAACAGGUAAGAGAGGCCUAGGAGAGUGUGUGAACAGGCAAUGAUGACAACCAGAGGAGACAACUCUAGUGCUUUGUGUACUUGCAUGCUGUUAAGGAGUGGAAGAGUUAUUGGAGAAACAAUUGAGCUAGGUUACAAUCACCAGGUAAGUGUGGCUGGACUUGACUCUUUUAAUUUCCAAACGUGUGAAGCUGUGCCUGAGUCUGGUUGUGAAGUUUCCAACGUGUUUGUUGCUGAUUCUGAAUCUGAUUUUGAGAUAAUAUUUGGAAACCUUUUUGAAGUCAAAACUGAACAAAAAAUGGCUACUUUGAAAGAACUUGCUGACCCUGAUUUAAAUGUUCAACCUUUGGCUAUUACUUACACUGAAUUGGAAAAACCUUUAAAGCUGAAUUCUGGGUUUAUAAAUCUUUUGCCUAAGUUUCAUGGUCUUCCUGGAGAGGAUUCCUUCAGGCACAUCUCUUAAUUUCUGAUUACCUGUGAUGCUAUGUCACCGGAGCCUUUCCCCCUGGAAUGCCUAGUUCAUUAAGAGAAAAGAUUCAAUCUCAAGCAAGGUUUUACAUUUGGGAUAACCCAUACCUGUGGAAAAUGUGCUCUGAUCAAGUGGUAAGAAAGUGUGUAGGAGAUUAUGAGAUAAAUUCAAUUUUGCAUUUUUGUCACACUUUAGAGGGUGGGGGA